GCUGAACUAUUGCAUUGCGGUAAUGCAGUUGGGACAGGGGGAAAAGUGAAUUGUGCGGCCGACAAUAGUCAGGCAGGUCCUGGGACAAUACAACCAGUUUUUCAUAUUUUUAACAACUGUAAUGCGUUUGAGUUGUUUGUAUUUCUUGCCAUGAUUUACUGAUUCCCCGGAUAAGACAGAAAGGGGUGCUUUGGCUGCAUUCAGCAGUUGCUAACUAACGUUAGCUAGCCGCAGCUGGUUCUGAGAACCAUGAGCCGUGCUGCACCCCACACUGGAGGCCGUACUCAUUCAGACCAGGACAUGCGGAUCGGAGGGUGGGACACACGGAUGGCAACUGUCAGCUUCCCUUCUUGACUGACUACAGACAAUCGGGCUUAAAGGUGAAGCUACUAACUGUCUGGCCCCUGGUGACAUACACACAAUCGGAGCCCAGGACAGGACCUCCAAGUAGGGUAGUCUCCCUUUAAUCAAGAUGAGUGCAGUCCGUGGCGGAACGAUCACCUGGCGGCCACAGCCCUGGCAGGAUGGGGACAGUGGGGGCGGGGAGCCCCUCUCGGACAGCGACUCCGAAGAAGAGGACUUUCCUGACGACAGCUCCACUCCUUUAGGAGACUACGUCACACAUGGGUUGAAGCAGCUACUGGAUGCUCAGCAGCUGUGUGACGUCACUCUGUUAGUGGAGGGGAAGAGGUUUAUGUGUCACAGAGUCCUCUUGGCAGCCGUCAGCCCGUAUUUCCGUGCCAUGUUCACUAGCCCGUUGGUGGAGUCCCGUCUCACUGAGAUCCGAUUGGAGGAGGUGACGCCGUCAGUCAUGGAGACUGUCAUCCAGUUCGUCUACACUGGGGAGGCGGGACUCUGCUUGGACACGGCCGAAGACCUGUUUGUGGCGGCCAAUCGGCUUCAAGUAAUGCCCCUGCAGGACCUGUGCUCUAGGUUCCUGUUUGAACACCUGUCUGUGGACAACUGCCUGGGCAUGUACUCUCUGGCCCGCUCCCACCACGACCAGCUGCUCCUGAGGGCCUCUCUGAGGCUGGUGGCCCAGCACUUCCCCCGCGUGGCCCGCCAAAAGGACUUCCUCCUGUUGGACCCAGGUACCCUGGGCAGCCUGCUGGGAUCUGACCGCCUGGGCGUAGACUCUGAGGCAGAGGUGUAUGACGCGGCACGCCGCUGGGCCGAGCACCGGCCCCUGGACCGUUACAGCCACAUGCCGGCCCUGCUCCACCACCUCCGCCCCGGCCUGCUGUCCCUGGAGGAGAGCCGGCGGCUGAGCCAGGAGCUGGGCUCUGCGGCAGCCGGGGAGGGCCUGGGAGGCCCACUGAGGCCCCGGGAAGGCAUGUUCGAGAAGAAGAUUGUGUGUGUGGACCUGAAGCCGCGGGAGGACGAGUCGCUGAACGAGAGGGACUUCACUGUGGACUGCUUCGACCCACGUACAGGGAAAUGGGAGAAGUUGGCUGCCCUGGGCUCUCUGCUGUGCCCAGGUUGCACGGCCAUCGGGGGGCGGCUGUUCGUAGCGGGGGGCAUCCUGCGGGGGGGCACGGUGUCCACGGAGGUCCAUGAGUAUGACUCUGUGUUGGAUCGCUGGCAGGAGCGAUCGCCCAUGGUGCAGCCCCGGGCCAUGCUGGGUCUGCUGGGCUGUGGGGAGUCACUCUACGCCCUGGGGGGCUGCAACAGAGGAGCCAUGCUGGACUCCUGUGAGAUCCUGGACCUGGCCACUCUUCAGUGGGGCCCUGGGCCCCGUCUGCCCCUGCCGCUGCGCUCCUUUGCCUGUGCCGCCCUGCGCGGCCGCAUUUACCUUCUGGGCGGCACCACGCUGGAGCAGAACCGGGCUGUGGUGCACGCUGGCGUGCUAAUCUAUCACACCCUGACUGACUCAUGGACCCGUGUGGGACUGGACUCUGGUGCCACCUGCCUGGCAGGAGGGGUGGCGGUGCGGGGGGGGGUCUGUGCCAUCGGAGGCUACAUGAGGGACGCCACUAAGUUUAUAGAUGGAAACUACACCCAUCUGGAACCUCUGGACGCCACGGGGCGGGUGCUGUUCUUCAGGGAGGGCCGGGGCUCAGGGGUGGAGCGGGAGGUGACUGGGGCGGUGGUGGCAGAGAGGAGUGGGGGGAGCGACCGAGCCCCUAGUCCAGUGGUUUUUCCAGGGCUGCCGAGGCGGAUCGCUGCCGGGGGCGUGGCCAGGUGGAAACGCAGGAUAUACGUGCUGGGCGGGGAGAACGGCUCCCGUUUCUAUGACAGUGUGUACUGUUGGAAGCCUGGCUGGCGCAGCUGGGUCCAGAGACGGGAGAAACUACCCAGAGACACGGGGGGAGUCAGCCAGUUCGGCUGUACCACCCUCAAGUUCCCCAAGAAACACAUCCUGUCCCGACUGAGACUGGCUCGGGAGGACCGCAAUCCUGAUGAUGACUAGCCACAGCAGGACUAAUGAGCUGUGGCUAAGACCAGCAUUCAUGGGGUUUCAAUAAUGAAAUGAAAUGUUAUUAAUUUUUAACACUUGAGACAGUGGGGGGGGGGGGGGGGGACUCGCGUCUGAAUGUAACCACCGUAUGCCACAAAAAUGCUCAAGUCCUUCUCAAAAAUGAUUUGAAUGCAUUUAAAUGGUUUGAAAAUUGUUUGCCUAUUGAACACACAUCCUCAGCCUUUGCCAAUUUAUAGGCCUAUGCAGCCGUUAAAUUCCUAUGUUGUGAAUGUUUGGCAGGGUUUACAUUUGUUUAUUGAAAUUUGAUGAGGUGUUUUCAUUUUUUAUUUAUUUUCUAUCCCAAACUUUCUGAAAUUCACCAAAGGAUCCCACUUUUGUGUAACUUUAGUCUUUCACUAUCCAGUGAUUCCAGGGCCCCAUGUUCAUUAGGCACCAAACAGAAGAAAAUGAGCUGAAACAGGGAAGGACCACCUACCUGGACUUGUCCAAUGACCUAUACAUUCAUUUUUGGUUUGCGUUGCAACAUGUUUUGUAUUUAAAAAAAAAAAAAAUUCUCUAAUAAACAUGACCUAGAUUUUA